AUGUGGGUGGUCGAAGCUACGGCCUCUUUGGCCACUUUGGCCUUCCUGAGUAGUACUGCAUCGGCAAUCAGCUCGGGCCGACAUGCGGCUCGGCACGGUCUCCUCCAGAUACCCCCUUCCUUCGCACAUGAUGGGGUCAACUUAUAUCCGGCACUUCACCCUGAGCACAACUCCAGUGACCUCGACCACCUGGUCCCUCAAAAUUCCAAGGAGCUGUACUACAGUCAGGAAGGACACCGGCCCGCCUUGCAUGGUGCCAAACAUGCUCAACUGCAAGCAACUUUUUCGAGUCCCACGGUCGUGUUGGAGCAUUCAAGCCACAUCAAAGAUGUUACCUGCAGUGAUGACCACAUCCAAGUCUGCUUCACGACGCCCGAGGCGCUGAAUACCGUGGAAACGGCAUGGGAUAAAUACGUCGGCGAAGAGACAUUUAAUGUGAUUACCUAUCAUAACGGAUGUGGGCAUCUAACGGGCGAGCACCGAUCAUUCUUUCGUGCAUCCCAUCCCGUCUUUGAUGGCGAUUGUGUGACAGUCGCUACCGAACUCACAGACGAAAAAGAGGUUAUCCAAGAAGGAGAGCCCGCCUGGGGAACAUAUGUCCAAGAGCACCUAGCCAAGCGCGAGCUGGUGAGGGGUCAUGUCAGAGUCGAGAAGCCUCAGGUGAUGCAGGGUGGGACCGAUCUCACGAAGGAUGCAGCAGCAGUCAAACACUUUUUUGGUACCACCCUCAUCAACACGGAUAUUCCAGACAAUUAUAUGACCGGGCUUGACUCACUUUCCGACGAAGAGUACGAUGACCUUGUCAGGCGAGGUUUAUUUUCAUGGAUUGUAGAGGGGAUCAAUGCCAUGAUCAAAGCAAUCAAUAGUCUUAUUCAGAAGACUCUGCAAGCCAUUGAAACCGCGGCCAAGGUAAUCUUCGCUAUUGCAGCCGUGGUUGUCAAUCUACUUAUGGUUCCAUUUGGUGUCCCCUUUGAGCAGGGCUAUGCAGCAGAUAUUAGCUUCGACAACAGAACAAGUGGCACGGCCGUGAUCAUCGAAUGCGAAAGUUGUGGAGCGAAAGCAAAUUUCAGUUUUGAUGGAAAACUGGCUUUCAGUAUCUCCAAAGGUAUUUAUAAGGCAGAGGUUUCCUUCAUCAACCACGAGGCGUUUGUAUUCGAUGCUAUUUAUGCAGUCAGUGUUGAGGCCAAGGCGCUUGCAGCCGGCACCUCCAAAGGAGGAAUCAAAACGACGAUCGAGAAGGAAUUGUUUGCAAUCCCCUUUUUCGCCAUCAAGAUCCCUAAAAUUAUCACAAUUGGGCCUCAGUUAGUCAGCAAUGCUGCAGCCAGUGUCUCCGUUGAUGCGAGCGGCAAGUUCAGAGCGGGCGCAAGGUUUUCCAUCGAUGCAGGUCGCUUGGUGCUGGACGCGGUCAACUCUACAAGGAAUGAAGCAUCUGGCUUUAAACCGCACCUGGAUCCGAUUUUUGAGAUUAUCGAGGGAAACAUUAUUGCUACCGCAGACCUUGCCCUGCCGGUUGGAGUCGAAGUCGCACUGGAUGUCCUCAGCGGUACUUGGAAAAAGUCCGUUGGAGUGUACACCGCACCCUCUGUCUAUUUCACCGCCGGAAUCUCCACUGGCGAAGGGAAGGCCUGCAACAAUGGAAUCGAGCUUCGAGCGGGAGCCAAGAACCGUAUCUACACCUCGGCACUAGGACUAUGGGAAUAUGAGUUCAAGGCCCUGUCAACGAUUUUCUAUGAAACCGGCCUCGGUUGUAUCUCGAAACAAGGAUGGAACCCAAAACAAGUCGAGCCUACCGAAAGCACUUUCCUUGCGGUCGCACAGUCGUUCGGUGGCCAGCAGUAUCUUGCUUCCAAUGCAACACUCAACUUCACUCGGCCUGAGCCUGUGAUCCACACGGAUGAAGAAUUCGAAAAGAACAAGACAGCUGACAGCAACAAACUAAGACAGCUUCCCAAGACUAAUGGGUUCCGGUUGAUCCAGGACGCCGGUCAGUCCGCGACUCUGGUCUCUGGAAAGGACGGCUUCAUCUACAUGGCCAAUAACUCUGCUGAAUAUGAUAUCAGUGCACCCUGGGGUGGUCUCAAGGUCAAAGAAAACAUUUUCAGCUAUGACGUCUUUGGUCGUCUCAUCUGGUUUAAUGCCACGUCCAUCCUCAGAGAUGGUUACAUGACCGAUUUGGGUGUCUCUCAAGCCGAGGGUAUGCCUAAGGGCACGCAGGCGGCGUAA